GAUAAAAGGAGACACGGCGAUCAGCCGGGCCGGCCGAGGAAGAGAACGACGGAGAAGCAGAGAAGAAGAAGAAGAAGGAGGAACAGAACGGAGAGAGUGCACGCAGAAGAGAGAAGUCGCCGCGAUUUUAGAUCCUAUGAUAGGUGGCACGAGAUAUCGCGAGACCGCUCGUCCGCGUCUUCGACGCCGUGACCAGGCAUACAUAAUCGGCUGGUAACCGUUUACGUGACACGACAGGACGGGACCGAGCCAGGCUGAUCGCGGCGCGACGCGACAAGAGGAACGUGGCGUGACGCGCCGUGAGAUUCGAAAAAACGCGCAUUUCGAUAAAUUCGAUCGGUCGAUAGGCGAAACCGAACGCGGCCGGCGAUCCGGCAGCGUAUAUAAACCGUGGAAGGACCUCUCGUGCAUUUCAGUUGCCCGAAAACUCAUACGGACCGACGGACCUCUUUUUCCAUGGCAACGCGCUAAUUCUAUCCCGGCCCUUUUCCCUCCUCAUCCGCCAAGGCCUAAUCUUCUCUCUUUUCGUUCUGCCCUUGCUCGCUCUUGCCCUACCCGGUCGGUCUCGCGCGCGUUCACCGUGCACCUCUCGGGAGCGGCUACGAUCGCGGGUAUAUUCGCCGAUCCAUCGGUGUUCUCCAGUCCACGUCGCUCGUCCCUAUCCCUCCGGCUGUAGGUCUCCUCGUAUAAGCAUAUACGCACACGCACGUGCGCUACAUACUAACUAACUAUAUCGCGCGCUCUCCUUCUCGCUCUUUUGUUUUAUCUCUCUCUCUUUCCUUCGUCCUCUUGCUCUCCCUCUUGUUCAUCACGCUCUCGUCCUUGUCCUGUCCUGUCCUGUCCUCGUCGAGAGUCCUCCUAGCCCUUUUUUGUACCGUUCCCGGCGAAGGCUUGCGCGCGUCUUCUUCUUCGCCGGUAGCUUCUUCUCCCCUCUUCCCUUUCGGUCUUCACCCUUCCUCCCGUCGCGUUCUUACUCCUUCUUUCUUUUUCUUUCCCUCUUUUUAACCCUGUCUCUGACUUCUCUCGUCGCAGCUCCUUCCUCGCCGUUUUGUUUUGCACGCGCUCCACAAUCUCGUUCCACGUUUAUCUCGCGCGCUCGUUUUACGCGCGAGCCCUUGCCGUACACACGCAGACGAGCGAGGACUCGCGAGGUGCCUCCACCUGUCGAGGCAGAGGCAUCGGCAAAGAGAGACAUCGAGAAAGAGCCACCGGAAGAAGAAGACGACAAUGUUCGGAUGGUACGUCGGAAUCACGGCCACCCUGCUGGCCCUUCUCAUCUACGUGGCGUACUUCUUCAAAUUGAACUGGGUCAAAGACAUGAGAGAUCGGAGCAAGUCGCAAAGGAACGGUGGCCCCAAAAAUCGAAAAGUAGGGAGGAUACCGCCGGUUUAUCCCAACGGAUGGUUCGCCCUGCUUGAAAGUUCGCAGAUUAAAAAAGGUCAGGUGAAGCACGUGUCCGCUCUUGGCGAGAAUUUCGCAGUAUUCAGGACCGAAAAGGGCAUUGUCAACAUUUUAGACGCGUACUGUCCGCACUUAGGGGCAAACAUGGGCGAGGGUGGGCGCGUGAAAGGAGAUUGCCUGGAAUGUCCAUUUCAUAGUUGGUUGUUCCGUGGAGAAGAUGGUUACUGCGAUAGCAUACCUUAUGCAGAAAAGGUGCCACAUAUCGCGCGAACGAAAGCAUGGAAAUGCUGCGAGGUGAACCAACUUAUCUUCGUCUGGUACCAUGCUGAGUCCGCCGAACCUGACUGGCGACCGCAGCCGCAGAUGUGCAUCGCCAACAAGACAUGGCGUUUCCAAGGCCGCAAUGAAUUCCUAAUAACAUGUCAUAUACAAGAUAUAGCUGAGAAUGGAGCCGAUUACGCGCAUCUCAGCGCGGUACACGGCCCGGCGAUGUUUCUCAGCGACAAUAUCCCCUGGCUGGCUCGACACUCGUGGACGAAUGCGAUGUGGCAGCCACAAUGCUCGUACAAGUCCUCGGAAAUAGACGCUGACAUGGACACGGAGGCGGAUACGGAGGUGCAGAUCAAGCUGAAUAACUCAUCGAUCCACUCGAUCUCGGACAGUGACUCCGGAAAUCACUUGGAGAUCACUGAAAACAUCAGCAAGAGAGCAAAGCACAAGGCCGGUAUGCAGUUGCAUCACAGUCUAAUCUUGUUCGAGCGGUUCACUCUGCUCGGCUUAAAUGUAAACGUCGAGCAGAUUGGCCCUGGCUACGUCGAGCUAAUGAUCAACACGUCUUUCGGACCUUUAUGCAUAUUGCAAACGGUCACGCCGCUGGAGCCGCUGCUGCAACGAGUCACUCAUCAGAUAUUCUCGCCGCCAUCGUUGGCACCCUACGCCAGCUUGGUGUUCCUGGGUGAGUGUCUGAUGUUUGAGCGGGAUAUAGCGAUAUGGAACCACAAAAAAUACGAACGACAGCCGACCCUGGUGCGCGAGGACCGCACAAUACUGGCAUACCGUCGCUGGUACUCGCAGUUCUACUCAGCCAAUAGUGCGACCUAUCAAACGGCUAUGAAUAAUUUACAGUGGUAGUAAUAUCGUGUGCGUCGCGUACAUACAUACAUAUAUGAUUUUAUCUCAUAACCGCAAUACCGCGGCUACAUGAAGAACAUAUUCAUCUGUCCGCUCCAAUCCGCAAUUGUAAAACUAUUAUUUAAAAUGAAUGUUGACAAAAGAACAUUCAAUAAUUUGUAAGCCAAUGUAAAGAACAUCUCUUUUUAUAAGCAUGUAAAUAUUGCUUAAGAGAUAAAAUUUCUAUUAAUUCUUUAUUUUCUACCAAUAAUUAUAGCUAUUUUUCUUCAUA